CAGCAAAGUAGUAAAAUUUCACGGUUUUCAUAGCAAAACAAUUUUCUCUUCACACUCGUGUAAAGAGUCGAUAGACUAGACUGCGAGGGCUUAGCAGAAGAAAAUCAUCAGAAGACCUUUCAUCAAUGGCAAGAAAUGGUAGAAUAGGCACAAAUAGAAGAACAAUCAUGAAUUCAGUGUUGCUAACAUCAAUGUUAAUGUCUCUGGUUUCCACCUCUCUCGCUUACAGACCCGGAGACAUCGUUCCCAUGAGCAAGAUGGGCCAAUACCACUCUUCGAGAACUGUUUGGCAUGACAUGAUUGGUCGCCACUGCCCAAUCUUUGCUGUAAAUCGUGAGGCUUUGAUUCCUAUACCAAAGCCAAUUGGUUACACUGGCGCUGAUCCGUAUAAAAUAUCAUUUCAAGUUGGAAAAGAAAAGUUUUUAUCAUGGCUUUUUGUGAUAAAUCGGAAGAUUUCUGAGGUUCCAAUGAUUGAUGUUCAUUUGAGGUACUCUGGGAGCGAUUUGCUUGGUGUCACUGGCAGAGUUGUAGAUAUGCCACAUCGAUAUGUUGAAAUACAUCCAGAUAUCCAUAAACAAUUUUGGGAUCCACAACAUUGGCCAAAACAUGUGCUUGUCAGAUACACAUGGGAAGAACAGUCAGAAAUAGAUGUGGCUUCUGGGUUUUAUGUUCUGUUUGGAUCAGGGCUUCUAAUGACAUUCAUUCUCUCGAUUUACAUCUUGCAAUCGUCUCGUGAUAAAUUUGCAAGGUUUGUGAUGGAGACUGUUGCAGAAAGCAGUAUGCCUCCCGGGGGAGUGGCAAAGGUUGAAUGAUGAACUCUAUGAAGUUUCCAAGCACCAUCUUUAUGUGCAAGUCCAGCAAAAAUGAGAAAGAAAUUGAUGAAAUUGUUUGGAGGUGGUUUGAACCUGUAGUUCCCUGGAGAGGAUCUUAGUUGUUGUGGCCAUUUUUCUUUAUUUUUUAAUUUCGAUACUUGUGUAGAAGUAAUUGACAUUUGACGACAAUUGCCCUCCCUUUGGCCUUGAGGGAACUUAAAGACAAAAUCUAAGUAAUAGUUUUGUAGAAAGGAUUUUGGAGUGAUGUGGAAGAUCAUAUUUGUAUUAUGGUGCAAUCUAUCAUAGGAGCUAUAUCUUUGAUCUGUAAAGUGAUGGUUUUGCCUUGAAGAUCUCGGCUCUAUUCUGCCUUCUAACAA